AGUUUACUUUGAGUUGGCGUCCCCCCUGACGAAAAGGGACGUUUCAGUUUCCCUUUAAAAAUUUGAGUGGCGUAUUUUUAUUGAUACCAAGACGUCAGUGAAAGGUUAAACGUCAAGGCGACUGGCAAAAACAAAAAACAAAUAAUAAAUUCGAUCUUCUCCGUGCGUCUCCGGUUGCUCCCGCCAGUUGAUCGCCGUUCUUCGCAAGCGACGGAUCCCGCCGCAACAUCGAUACAUAUACCCGAAUAAAAUGUUGCCCAACGCUAAUCAAAAGUAUCCCUUGUGCCAGCAAUUCGGUUUCAGCUACGAUCAACCCUACGACUUUGCAGUAUUUUCGUGGCAGCAGUCGAAGCGGGAUCAAGUGUCGGGACCUUACAUCGUGUAUCGAUUUUUGGCAGCCGCUCUCUUCUUAUCGGUGGUCGUUUAUUGCGGAGCCAGGAGCCAUCAUCCGGAAUAUUGGCUCAUCUAUCUCAGCCACAUUGGUCUCAUCCUGCAAACUUUGCAUUUGGCGUUAAGUGCCGCUGUGCCAGUACAACUUCUUUUGUUGUCCCAUAGAGGACAAGUCGAUAGCAACAACACGACGCUCUUGAAGUUCUCCUGGUUCCUGUACAACAUAACGAAUUUACUCAGUUUGCUUAUUUCAGCUGUUUUCUGGGCCGUCCUCUUUGUUCCAGGACGAGGAUUGAAAGACAAGGACAUCCUAGUCCACGCCCUAAACAGUAUCAUGUCGAUUUGCGACAUAUUUAUCAGCAAGAGACCUUGCCGAAUGUUGCACUUUCAUCACUCGUUCGCCGCUUUAGGACCGUACGUCGUGUUCAGUGCCAUCUAUUGGGCGGCGGGGGGUCAGAGAGAAAACGGACUCUCUUAUAUUUACCCGAUCCUCAAUUGGGAGAAUCUCAGUUUGACCGUUCCGUUUGUCUUGGUGGGACUGACGAUCGGUUUGCCACUUGUCCACGGUGUCAUCUGGUCUCUGCAUGUGUUAAGAGAUCGUGUGAUUCAAUGCGCUAGAAAAUUCGACGAGCAGAACGACUAUUACCAAAGUCGCUGGAAUCCUGCUUUCGUCCCGGAUGAGACUGGGGGUGACAACAGCGCAAUAGUGAUUAAAGCCUAAAUCCUAAAAUAUCCAUGAAAUGCCAAUCUAUAAAGAGUAUCGAUAUUAUAAAUUUUGUGCAACUUGGUAUCGUUCCAAUUAUUUCAAUGUGCUGCUAUUUUGUUUCCAUGAUAAAGAACCAAGCUCUUUGUUUGAUUUUCACCUUACUAGAAAAUUGCAUUUCUAUUGUUAUUGUAAAAUAGGCUGCCAUUCUGACGAAUCGACAACAUCUUUUACGUUUCAGUACUAUAAACUGUGUGAAAAUCGUUGAAAUACAUUUGUGUCAAUCGUA